AUGAAUGGUCUAAAAAUCACGUGCUACAUCGGUGACGUUACCAGAGCUGAGGCAGAAGGAAUUGUGAUUGGAGAAGGGCGUAGCAUGACGAAACUCAGCAUGGUGACGAAGGCUCUCUGCGCGAAUGCUAAGAUCAAGUAUAAUGAUUUGCGUGACAGUGUCAACAUUGAGUAUGGCACAUUGCAUCUGAAGGAUGGAAGCGUGUAUUCUAUUCAUGCAGACAGCAGGUGGCCGCAGCUACGGUUCCGAACUAUACUCAUGGCGGUAGUGUCGAAGUGCAACAAAGGGGAUGAAAAAAACUGGAAGAGACAGAUGAAAGAUCUGCACACAAAUAUAUUAUAUGAAGCGGACAAGGCACGUUUAAGAUCUCUCGCCAUACCUCUCCUGGGAUCAGGAAGAGCAGGAGCUUCCAUCGACGAUGCUGCUGAUUCAUUAGUACAGUCACUCUCCCGAUUUAAACCCAAUUGUUUGAAACGCGUUCUGGUUGUGAGCCAGGUUCCUAAUAACAUAGUACAGCACUGCAAAGGGAUGUUUUUAGAAGAGUUUGGUGACAGCACAAUGGUAUUGCAGCAGAACAGAUCCUCGGGCAGAGACGUUCAUGUUCAAUCAACAGGCAGAGCAGGUGCUCCAGUCGAGUUGGCGAUAGACGUUUUACUUAACUCGAUGUCGACAGAACCCAGAGAUUACUUCGAGGAAGUUCACUUGGCUGUUACGGACGAAACGAUUUACGACAAGGUUGUGAAGGAAUGUCAGAAGCUAAAUUCUAAACCAGCAACAGAGUCGAAUGAUGCCUGGAUUUCCAGUAGCAGAGUCUCAGGCUUCGUUGCAGGAUUCCAACAACCUCAGCAAGUCGACGUCUUCAAGCCAGUGUGUCCCAUCUGCAACGCCAUAUAUGGAGUGAUUAUUGGUAAUCAACCACCAGGUGACAUGACGUUCAACCGUGACCUGGUCCACAGUCUUCCUGGACAUCCUCACUGUGGAACCAUUUGCAUCACCUAUCAGUUUGAUGGUGGAACGCAAGGUCCCAAACAUCCUAACCCAGGCAGUCUGUACACUGGAACGAAGCGUAAAGCUUAUUUACCGGACUCGCCCGAGGGAAACAAAGUUCUUGGUCUGCUACAGAUAGCGUUCGACCGCGGGGUGACCUUUGCGAUCGGAACAACCGGAAGAGAAGACGCCAUAACGUGGAAUGACAUUCAUCACAAAACUCGUUGCGAUGGUGGCGCAAGGGGAUUUGGAUAUCCUGAUGCAACAUACUUGUCCCGCGUCACGGAAGAGUUGAAAUGUAAAGGAAUUACAGAAGACGAUUUGUGA